GCGGCGCGCGGCCAGUCCCGCCUCCCGCGGCGGACGGGGCGCUAAGAUGGCGGCGGGACAGGACCCCCCGGCCGCUGAGCCGUACCGGCCCAGCCGCUACGUCUCGCUGCCAGCCGAGCUCGAUCACGCCACCUACGACGUGUCUCCGGAGAAACGCCGUGCCGAGGCCGAGCGCUUGGCUAUCCGCGCCAGGCUCAAGCGGCAGUACCAGCUGCAGCUGAACAACCCUAACCCACCGGCCGUUAUCGAAAAUCCUGCCUUGCUCCGGUGGUCCUAUGCCAGGACAUACAACAUCUACCCGACUUUCCGCCCGACCCCCAAGACAUCCUUUCUAGGAGUUGUUUGGGCGAUAGUCCCCAUCCUCUUCUGGUCCGCUGUCUUCAAAUUUGACAGGGAUCGUAAAGAGAAGCUUAUCCGAGAGGGUAAAUAUGAGCGACCGUUCAGUGUAUUUUAAGCUCCUGGAACUGCAGUGCUGUUCAUGGGAUAUAAAUAAGAUAUAUUGUAUGCUGACAUUUCUCCUUGAUUAGAAUAAAUCUUAAUUGCUUA